GACCCACGGACUCACUCAAAAACCACCAAAUCCAAACCCAAACCCACAAACCGCCAACAGAUUCGCCCGACUCGUUUCCCUCUCCCUAUAAAUAGUCACUGAACAAACAUUUCAUUCACAUUCACAACCUUGAAAAAGAAAAAGUUUUCUUCAACUGUUCUAACUUUCCGGUCGAACAGAAUGGCUGACAUGGCAGAAAAGGAGCGGAGGAUCCUCGUGGCCGUCGAUGAAGGCGAGGAGAGCAUGCACGCUCUCUCGUGGUGCCUCAAGAACGUGAUCUCCGAGAAUUCCAAAGAUACCCUCGUCCUCCUCUACGUCAAACCCCCCCGUGUCGUUUACACGACUCUAGAUGGCACAGGUAGGAGGGAACACUACUCGAAAGGGUAUUUGUUUUCGUCGGAUAUUUUGGCCACUAUGGACAGGUACGCUAAUGACGUGGCUGACUGCGUCAUAGACAAGGCCAAGAGGAUGUGCAAAGACCUUAACGAUGUUAAGGUGGAGACGAGAGUAGAGCAUGGUGAUCCGAGGGAUGCUAUUUGCCAGAUGGCAGAGAAGUUGGGUGCUGAUGCAUUGGUCAUGGGGAGCCAUGGUUACGGCUUGAUCAAGAGGGCUUUGCUUGGGAGUGUGAGCAACCACUGUGCACAGAACGUCAAGUGCCCCGUUUUGAUUGUCAAGAAGCCAAAAUCUGCUGGAAAUAAUUAAUCAUUUCUCCUCUUUUGUUCUCUCUCGAUCUCAUUGUAAAAAGAUUUUCCCUUCUUGUUUUAUUAAUCAAGUAUAUAAUGCUUUUCUGGGGAUUUUUUUUUUUUAAUACUAUUAUUUAGUGGGGAAUUUCCAAAGUGGAAGUGAAAGCUUGGGAAGAAGAAGCAAGUAUGGUAUCUUGUAAGAAGAAGCAAUGACAUUUUAUUAUAUAUAUGGGGAAUAAGCAUAAAAUUUUCUCGGAAAA